AUGCGACGCUGGUCAUCAAACCUUGAUCAUGUUGAUCCUCAUAUCAAGGACCUCGUCGAUGCCUUGGCCGCCCUAUGCAUUUCCAAACCCGGCGACGUUGCUGCUGCUGCCAUAGAGAUGCACGCAAAGAGUCCUUGCAUUUUGUAUCUCGCCAGUUCCAGUGAUAUAGCCAGCCCCCUCGAGUCCCACUUUCAAAUUCUAUGGAGGAGUCUCCGACAAGUAGCGCCGGUGACUAGCAGCACAUCUCCCUCGCUCGAGUCGCCGGCGACCGAUUUUGCUGCAGCGGUCUACGAUUUUUCUUGGGCGAUUUUCCAUGAACGAUUUGCGCCGGAUUUUGCUGACUAUUUUGUCGAUCGAUUCAUCCCUCAAGUCACUGUCACGACCAUAGAUAUCAUCAAAGACGACGAACGUCGUGACCUUCAACGGAUAGGAAAUUUGUUUGAUACCCUCCGCAAAGCAAUCACUUGUUCGAAGCCCGCCAAUGGUGAUAUGAAGAGCAUUGUUUCGGCUCUCAGUCUGCUGAGUACCACUCUUCAGCCAUACCUCGACGAUUUUGAAGAUGACUCGUUGAUACAUCAAUGUUGUAACAUUGCUUUCCAUCGCCCAAUCCAGGCUCUCCUCGACAUCGCUCGCUCUACUGCGACUCGAUCAAUGUUCACUCAGCCUCUUCGUGUUGUCCAAAUUCCUAGCACUCGCCUGCCCUUCCGAGUCGAUAUGCGCGACAAUUACGUGAUGAGCCUCUGGAAGGAGCACAAGGGCAUGGAGAGUUUUCGUGAAGAUUUGGAUGCUCAGUGGAACCAGUGCAUUAUCGACAAUAUGCAGUGCAUGCUCGACACGCAUAAGAAGGAUGUCACUAACAUAUCUACUGACGGCGGGAUGAUCCUGUCCGCUUUAACGCGGCCGCACAGCGCAUGCGCUCUUCUUGCGUACCUCGCGAACUUAGCGGAUGCAAGCCCAUAUCCAUACAUCGGUUUGAGCUGCGAGCAUCCCUGCUAUGCUUGCUAUGCGUUCUUCAGCGCAUACAAUCGGGCGGACCCGAAAUUGCCUUUCUAUAUCCAAUCGCCCAGAUAUCAAUUCUACAUCCCUUUGCUUUCCCUGCAUUCUCCGAUCACGAUCUCCACAACGUGA